CCUUACUUUAAAAACACGUUUGUUAUUGUUAUGAAUUAAAUUAAAUUUAAAAUUAUGGAGCAAUCACAAGAAAUACAAGUUGGUGAUCAAAUUAUAGUGCAAAGGCAGGGUUAUACCAAACUGCAUAAAUUAAAGAAGCAUGGAAAUAUGGUUAUCGGAAAAUUUACGGUACAGAUGGAUAACAUAAUUGGUCAAAAAUAUUUUGAUACUUUCCAAAUGAAAAACUAUUCUCAAAAUAAUAAAUUGUACAUAUUGGAAAAGGUGGAAGACGGUAAAAACGUCGGGAACGCUGUAAAUAUUGAAACAAGUGGAAUGGACAAUAGAAAUAUUGUGAGUGAUGAAAGCGCUCAAACUUUAACUAAAGAUGAUAUCGAUGAGUUACAGAAUUCAGAAUUAAAUUCCAAUGCUAUUGUGGAAAAGCUAAUAAAUAACUCAAAAACAUUUAAUAUGAAAACGGAAUAUUCACAAGAAAAAUAUAUUAAGAAAAAGGAAAAGAAAUACUUUGAAUAUUUACAAAUUCGAAAGCCUACAAUUAGACUUCUGACAAAUAUGUUUUACAGACAAGACCCUACAAAAACAUUGGGCAUUCGAAUAGACGACUUAUCUCAAAUUCUCACCUACGCAAACAUACAUUCAGAUGGUAACCAUUUAUUGUACGAUAGUGGGAGUUCAGGUCUUAUGUCAGCUGCAGUUAUGAAUGCUAUAGGAGCCAAUACAAGUGGCACACUCAUUCACAUGCAUCCAGGAAAUGAGUGUCAAAAAAAUGCCUUUUUAGCCAUGCAGUUUCCUGAAGAACAGACCCACAGGUGCAUUAAUGUAAACUUGUAUUCUGUAUUAAGAUGUUUUUACCAAAACAAAAACAGCUUUGUUGAUAAUAUUUGCAAUGAUACUGAAGACAAAAGUGAGGGUGAACCUGAACCUAAGAAGGCAAAAUUAGAUGGCGAACCUACACAAUUGACUCCAAAAGAACCUCAGUGGAAGUUAGACAAUGAAAGUGCGUGUAAGAUAUUGAAUAAUAAAUGUGAUUCUCUAAUAGUAACUGCAAAGGAACAUCCUGUCAAUAUUGUAAAGGAGCUGUUGCAAUUUCUACAAGGAGGACGUCAAAUGGUGGUGUUUAGUGUAACUAAGGAACCUUUACAAGACUUAUUUAUAUAUCUUAAAGGUCGACUAGAUAUUAUAGCAAUAAAGUUGAGUAAUAAUUUUUUAAGAAAUUAUCAAGUGUUGCCAGAAAGAACUCAUCCUGAAAUGAUGAUGAACACUGGUGGUUUUAUUUUAUCAGCAGUGAAACUAAAUAGUUAAAUGUGCAGAUAUCUUGUACUUAUAUAGGUAUAAUUUUAUAAAAAAUGAAAUAUUUUCCUGGUGUUUGACUUGAUAACUUUUAAUAAUCCCUAUAAACUUCAUUAGGU